GGGAAGGUUGCAGCUACAUGGGACAAGCACAACAUCGGUUGGGUACCGACUUUAAAUCUCGGUAAAAGAGACCAUAAGGGAAACGAACAGAAAGAACAAAACCAGAAGGCUGCAGAAGAAAGGGCCGAAAGAGAAAAGGAACGAAGGAAACGUUCUAUUGAACGACAGGAAGUCGAAGUUGCCGAGAAGAGAAAACAUCUAAAUGUGAGUGGCGAUAGAGGUGUUGAUAUCCACUUCACGGAGACUACCACGAGUACCUCAACAGAAGAAGUCGAAGAAGAUCCUGGCAUUGCCAAUGCGACAGAAAUGGAGCCAUCAGAGGCCUCUAAUUACACGACCGGUACUACAAGCGAUGAUGAAAACUAUGCUGAAGGAAGCAUCUCAGAGCCUUCAAAAGACGCCGAAACACAA